GUCGGCCUUAAAUAGUAACUUUUAAGUUGUAACCAAAUUUCACGAGGUUCACUUGGAACCAAGUUCAGUUUAGUUCUUCCUGUUCACUUCUUUCUCGUUCAGCAUCUACAAGGCCCGCAAGCCAGUAUGGGACGUCGACCAGCCAGAUGUUACCGAUAUUGCAAAAACAAACCAUAUCCCAAAUCAAGGUUCUGUAGAGGUGUGCCUGAUCCAAAGAUUCGUAUCUUUGAUCUUGGAAAAAAGAAAGCCUCUGUGGAAGAUUUUCCGUUAUGUGUGCACUUGGUAUCAGAUGAAUAUGAACAGCUUAGUUCCGAGGCCCUUGAAGCUGGACGUAUUUGUGCAAAUAAGUACAUGGUGAAAAACGCUGGAAAAGACCAGUUUCAUAUCCGUAUGAGACUCCACCCAUUCCAUGUUAUCCGGAUUAAUAAAAUGUUAUCAUGUGCUGGAGCUGAUAGGCUUCAAACAGGAAUGCGAGGUGCCUUUGGUAAACCACAAGGUACUGUAGCCAGGGUACACAUUGGACAGCCAAUUAUGAGUGUACGUUCAUCUGAUCGUCAUAAGGCUGCUGUAGUUGAGGCAUUGCGACGUGCCAAAUUCAAAUUCCCGGGUCGACAAAAAAUUUAUGUUUCAAAGAAAUGGGGCUUUACGAAAUAUGACCGCGCUGAAUAUGAAGAAUUGAAAGCAGCCGGCCGAUUAGCUCCAGAUGGAUGCAAUGUGAAAUAUUUGCCAGAACAUGGGCCUCUUGAAGAAUGGAAAAAAUUUAGAAAAGUUCUUGCUGCUGCUUAACCGAAACAAUUUUUUGAAAUUUUGAUUUCAUUAAACAGAUUGAAAACAAGUACAUGUGUUAUUAAUCUCGUAAUUUUUGUAAUAUAAUUAUGGUAUUUGUAGAGGAUUGAUAGUUACAAUAAAGAGAACUGGCUAUACUCGUA